CGUGAGAUGGUCUAACUGAAAUGUUGGAGUCUUUUUUUUAUCCACAAAUUCGUUUUUCUUCAGUUAUGUAUUCAACUCAAGAAUUGGAACUCUUUCCUGAUCGUACUGUAACUCAGUUACUAUUCAAAGAUGUCAAAAACGCUGCAGAAUUGAGGAAAAAUGCCAUGGAAGGAAAGAUUAAUGGUGCCUUGAUAAACCCGUCUAUGAUAGUGAACCCCUUCCAAGUGCUAGUGGCAGCAAACAAGGCAGUCCAUUUACAUAGUACUGGAAAAAUGAAGACAAGGAGUUUAUAUUCCGAAAUCAUCUACAACCUUUCACCCACUAAUAAUAUUUCAGAGGCCUUCAAGAGGUUUGGGAUGUCAGACAGUGACAGUGCUGUUCUCAUAGUUCUAGUCCAUCUCAAAGAGGAGACGCAGCACAUGACUGACAUCAUUGCCAAGGUGGAUGGACAACAGAUCCCAAUUGAAGAUGUCUCCAUGUUGACCGACACUGCUAAGGUCAAAAAGCUGUACAAAACCACACCCCAGGAGGAUACGUGUCUACUGGACGCUGUUGUCUGCAGGAUGGCAACCAAAGAUGUCAUGUAGCUCAGCAAGAAGACAUGGCAGCAAAUGGAACCAUUCAUGUUAUAUCAUUUUUUGUUGUUGUUGAGGGUUUCAUAUUGAUGUUGUUGCACAAUGUCAUAAAUCAAAUGUUUUCCUCCUCGAAUAUGUUAUUAAACAUGUUUAUUUUU